GACAGGGGUGAAGCGCUAAGGGGCCGCCCCUUUCAAGCACGCCCCUCCUUCGGGUUCUUGUUCUGUGCAUUUUGGGCCCAAGAUUGAGUCUUUGCGCUUGGGCACACCCGGGAGACAGGGACUGGGGGCUGAGUGGAAAGCACACGCCUGCCUGCGCGGAAGGCCUGUAACGAGUCAGGACGCAGAGGAUGAAGGUAGUGGCAGGCAGCCGGAAGCCAUCAGCAAGGCAGAGCCUCGGACCUCAGGCUGCGGCUGGGAACCUGGAGGGCAGAACUGACCGCCUGGAGACCUUACCUUGGAGAGGUCAGUGUUAGGAAGAUUUAUGACAGGCAGCUGUCCUAGCAGUGUGACUCAAGUGGAAACACCAUAAUGUGAAGGAGAGGCCAGGUGAAAAGAACAGAAGUCCACAUUCCAUCAUAGCAAGGUGCCUCCCCAUCGCCCCUCCGCUCGCUUUUAAUACAUGUUCUUCCCUGUGAGGAGGGAAAUCAACUAAGGCCCAGGUCCCUACUUGUUCAGUCUAGGGCUGUACCAUGGCUGAGACUGGGGAAGAGGAGACAGCAUCAGCAGAAGCCUCAGGGUUUUCAGACUUGAGUGACUCAGAGUUAGUUGAGUUUCUGGACCUGGAAGAAGCCAAAGAAUCGGCUGUCUCACUUAGCAAGCCUGGCCCCUCUUCUGAACUUGCUGGGAAGGAUGACAAACCAGUAAGCUUACAGAACUGGGAAAGGGGAUUGGAUGUCUUGUCACCCAUGGAGAGAUUCCACCUGAAAUAUCUAUAUGUCACUGACCUGUGUACUCAGAACUGGUGUGAGUUGCAGAUGGUGUAUGGGAAGGAACUUCCUGGUUCUUUGACACCUGAGAAGGCAGCUGUUUUGGACACUGGUGCUAGCAUCCACCUAGCAAAAGAACUGGAACUUCAUGACCUUGUGACAGUCCCCAUCGCCACUAAAGAAGAUGCUUGGGCAGUUAAGUUUCUGAACAUACUCUCAAUGAUUCCUACUCUGCAGUCGGAAGGGCGCAUCAGAGAGUUUCCAGUGUUUGGGGAAGUGGAGGGAAUAUUUCUUGUUGGAGUGAUUGAUGAGUUACACUACACAUCCAAGGGGGAACUGGAGCUGGCUGAACUCAAGACACGAAGGCGCCCUGUGCUCCCCCUGUCAGCUCAGAAAAAGAAAGACUAUUUUCAAGUUAGCCUAUACAAAUAUAUCUUUGAUGCCAUGGUACAAGGGAAGGUGACUCCUGCUACCCUAAUCCACCACACUAAAUUGUGUCUAGACAAGCCACUGGGACCUUCAGUGCUGAGGCAUGCCAGACAAGGAGGCGUGUCUGUAAAAUCUUUGGGAGACCUUAUGGAACUGGUUUUCUUGUCUCUUACACUGUCUGAUCUCCCAACUAUUGAUACCCUAAAACUUGAGUAUAUCCAUCAAGAGACUGCCACUAUCCUGGGCACAGAGAUUGUAGCCUUUGAAGAGAAAGACGUGAAAAGCAAGGUGCAGCAUUAUGUGGCCUACUGGAUGGGCCACCGAGAUCCUCAAGGCGUUGAUGUGGAGGAGGCAUGGAAGUGCCGGACCUGUGACUAUGUGGACAUCUGCGAGUGGAGGAGGGGCAGUGGAGUGCUCAGCUCUUCGUGGGAGCCCAAAGCCAAGAAGUUGAAAUGAAUGAAGGUACACUUUCAGAAACGUUGAUCAUUUCUGUUCUUAAUAUACCCAUGUAAGAGAACCAGUCUCUCAGCUUGGCUCUCGUGGACAGUGUUUUUUAUUUUUAUGUUUACAAUCUUGAAUAACAUUCCAACCCAGGGUCAAGGAUCAAGACUGGAAAGGUGUGGUGUUAGAGUGACCUUGGAGCUUUUGAGAUAAACUGCAAAGAAGACAGAUACACAUCAGUGCAGCAAAGGUACCCCUCACUAAUCACUGUUGGCACCAGGAAAUUCUUUAGCUUCUGAUAAAUCCUUACUUUUUUCUUGAUUUUUUUUUUUUUUACAUUUUUUACAAUAAAAAUGAAAUGAUGUCUAAAAUA